AUUUUUCUGCAUGAGACCAUCCUCCUCUGGUUCCGCUCUCCUCCUCCUCCUCUGACCCCCAUCCCUCCUUUUCUUAUUAUCUUCUGCGGUCUUAACAUCCAGCUGUGUGUGUCCAGCUGUUCCCGGAUCAGCUGCGACCGGACGGAUCCCCAGCUGUGCGGCUCCAGUCCCGCAGGCAGAGAGCAGGCAGAGGCAGGCAGGGUCGGCCAUGUUGUUGUGUGGGGGGUGGAUGCAAGUUUAGUAGUAGGAAGUGGAGGCUGCACAGAGGAGGAAUACUGCAGGAUCUGUUCUCCUUCCUCCUUUUUAUUAGUGUCCCGUGUGGUGGCUGUGAUGCAGCUGCAGGCCUCCUCUUCCUCCCCCUGCUCCUGCUCCUCUUCAUCUGUCACCUCUCUGGAACAAUGAGUGACUCCUGCAUCAGCUCCGACCUCCUCGCACACAGCUUUGAUUUAACUUCAGCCCGAAACCCCAGCGCAGACACAGCGACCUCCUCCUCCUCCUCCUCCUCCUCCGCCGCCGGAUGCACGAAGUGAGGAUGAAGGCGGCUCCGUCCCUGCUGGAAUAACUCCGAUCUCCGUGAUUUCACCUGGAUCCGACUCGAGGAGGGAAGGAGGAGAGAAGGACGCGGAUCCUGUGAAGGAAGGGCAAGACGAUGGGCUGCGUUAAAAGCAAAGAGGACAAAGGACCCGCGAUGAAGUAUCAGCCGGACAAUUCUCUGGUGUCGGACCCCAACACCGCUGCCACCACGCCUCACAUAGGUCACUACGGGCCGGAUCCCACCCAGCUGCAGCAGAAUCAGCCUCCCACAUCCACGUCUGGCUCCGGUGCUGCGAAUUUUAACCACACCCUCACACCGUUUGGUGGAUCCUCAUCUGCCAUCACUCCCUUCGGGGGGAUGUCGUCUUCCUUCUCUGGUCCCGUGUCCAAUUCCUUCUCUGGUGGUGUUCCCAGUGGCGUUACGUUCUUUGUGGCCUUGUACGACUACGAAGCCAGAACGACGGAUGAUCUCACGUUCAAAAAGGGAGACCGCUUCCAGAUCAUCAACAACACAGAGGGAGACUGGUGGGAGGCUCGCUCCAUCAAUACGGGGAAGAACGGCUACAUCCCGAGCAAUUAUGUGGCCCCUGCCGACUCCAUCCAGGCUGAAGAGUGGUAUUUUGGUAAAAUGGGACGCAAAGACGCGGAGAGGCUGCUGCUGAACACAGGGAACCAUCAAGGAACUUUCCUGGUACGAGAAAGUGAAACUACUAAAGGCGCUUAUUCUCUCUCUAUACGAGACUGGGACGAAGCCAAAGGAGACAACGUAAAACACUACAAGAUCCGCAAGCUCGACAACGGGGGAUACUACAUCACCACACGGGCCCAGUUUGACACGCUGCAGAAGCUUGUCAAACACUACACAGAGCACGCCGACGGGCUCUGCCACAAGCUGACCACGGUCUGCCCCACGGUCAAGCCUCAGACGCAGGGGCUGGCGAAAGACGCCUGGGAGAUUCCCCGGGAGUCCCUGCGGCUGGAGCUCAAACUGGGCCAGGGCUGCUUUGGAGAGGUCUGGAUGGGCACGUGGAAUGGCACCACCAAGGUGGCCAUAAAGACGCUGAAGCCGGGAACCAUGUCGCCCGAGGCUUUCCUCCAAGAGGCUCAGAUCAUGAAGAAGCUCAGACACGACAAGCUGGUGCCUCUCUACGCGGUGGUGUCGGAGGAGCCCAUCUACAUCGUCACAGAGUACAUGGCCAAAGGAAGCCUGCUCGACUUCCUCAAAGAGGGUGAUGGAAAAUUCCUGAAGCUCGUCCUGCUGGUGGACAUGGCUGCAAAGAUCGCUGACGGCAUGGCUUUCAUCGAGAGGAUGAACUACAUCCACAGGGACCUGCGCGCCGCCAACAUCCUCGUGGGCGACAACCUGGCGUGCAAGAUCGCCGACUUCGGCCUGGCCAGGUUGAUAGAGGACAACGAGUACACAGCCAGGCAAGGAGCCAAAUUCCCUAUUAAAUGGACGGCCCCUGAGGCUGCGCUGUACGGACGCUUCACCAUCAAGUCAGACGUCUGGUCCUUCGGCAUCUUACUCACCGAGCUUGUCACCAAAGGCAGAGUUCCCUACCCAGGUAUGGUGAACCGGGAGGUGCUGGAGCAGGUGGAGCGGGGCUACCGCAUGCCCUGCCCCCAGGGGUGCCCCGAGUCGCUGCACGAGUUGAUGAAGGUCUGCUGGAAGAAGGACCCGGACGAGAGGCCCACGUUCGAGUACCUGCAGUCGUUCCUGGAGGAUUAUUUCACCGCCACGGAGCCACAGUAUCAGCCGGGGGAGAACCUAUAGCCUGGGAGUGGACACUUCUGACUCUGAUAGGAAGUCGACUGGAAAGCGGGAUGAUCAGUCGCACCAACCACUACUCCACUGCUCCACCUUCUCCUUCUUUUUUAAAUCCUGCGCCCAAACAUUUUUCAUAUUUUGUUUUCAGCCGUGGUACUCGGGUCUUGGGGAAUUUUGGAUUUUCCAUGCAGAUUUAUUCAUCGUGUAUGAAAUGGACAAACAUCUCCAUCAGCUUUGUUUUACAUAUAUACGCAGCUCAUGAAUACAGGUAUGUUUCGCUGUGAAAUAAGCUGUGAUAAUGCCUCAUAAAAAAAACAUAUUAUUGAGAUUAAUGCGGCUUUCGGAUUUUUUUUUACUCCAUUUUCCUCCAAAUUACAGCCCCUGUGGUGGAUUAGUUCACGAAGCAUUAAGUCGAUUAAUUAUUGACGGGGAUCAUAUGUAUGAGAAGCUCUCCGGGGAGUCGAUGGUCAUUAUCACAGACCAUUUGACAGCGAUUAUUUAAAAAGCCAAUUCCACACAGCUGAACUUUAUCUAUAUUUCAUUCAUUACAGUGCAAUUUCCUUUUUUAUUUUAAUGCCCAGAGGAAGACGGACUCCUUCUAUCCUCUCUGGGAUUCUACUAUUUUUAUUUUUUAAUGUCAUGUUCCCUUAAGAGUUGAUCAUAUCAUGUGGACAUGUUUUUAUAGCUUCAUUUGAAGUUUUUCCCCUUAAAUGUCCAUCAUCAUCAUCGUGCAGAAACACUUUUUGUUGUUGUAUAAUCUCGCUGUGACGACCACAGGGACCCGCUUACAUAAGAACAGUCUGUAAAAUGUGUCACCGGGUUCGGGAUUUACGGCAGAAUAACAGUUGAACAGUAAUGAAACUCGUGGACUUUCGUUCACAUGUGAAAGCAGCCGAGCACGUUGGAGGAUUUCACCGACUACGGAACUGCUUUUUUUUUUUUGUAGGUGACAAACAUGAAAACAAAACAAAAAAACUCCAAAUAAGCUGGAAACAGACGUUUUAUUUUCUACAAUGUGAUGCUGAAGAACUUUUCACGUAUCCUGCAGAAACGAUUUGUACGACAGUGAUGGGGUUUUUCUAAUAUAGUGAUUUUCUCUUUGCAUUUUGCUCCUGUAUUUACUCAUCAGGACAGUAUUAUGAUAGAAUAAUGACAACUGAGCUUGUACAAAAGGGCUUUGUAUAUUAUAAAACUCCUCAUUUUAUAUUAUCGUUAUGAUUAUUAAUAUGAAUAUUAAUAAAAAAGAAAUAAGAUUGUGUAUUAUAUCAGGGAGGGAGGGAGAGUGAUGUGGGGAAUUUGUACAAUAAAAAGUUGAUUUUA